UUAGAUGAUUCAACGACAUCAGAAAUUUCAAUAUCGACCACUGAAUCAAUCACGUCUACAGAUUCAAACACAUCUACAGUCACAGAUUCGACAGUAACCAUUUCAACAACGAUCAACACAUCUACAGAUUCAAACACAUCUACAGUCACAGAUUCGACAGUGACCACCUCAACAACGGUGUUAGAUGAUUCAACGACAUCAGAAAUUUCAAUAUCGACCACUGAAUCAAUCACGUCUACAGAUUCAAACACAUCUACAAUCACAGAUUCGACAGUGACCACUUCAACAAUGGUGUUAGAUGAUUCAACGACAUCAGAAAUUCCAAUAUCGACCACUGAAUCAAUCACAUCUACAGAUUCAAACACAUCUACAGUCACAGAUUCGACAGUGACCACCUCAACAACGGUGUUAGAUGAUUCAACGACAUCAGAAAUUUCAAUAUCGACCACUGAAUCAAUCACGUCUACAGAUUCAAACACAUCUACAAUCACAGAUUCGACAGUUACUACUUCAACAAUGGUGUUAGAUGAUUCAAGGACAUCAGAAAUUCCAAUAUCGACCACUGAAUCAAUCACAUCUACAGAUUCAAACACAUCUACAGUCACAGAUUCGACAGUAACCAUUUCAACAACGGUGUUAGAUGAUUCAACGACAUCAGAAACUUCAAUAUCAACCACUGAAUCAAUCACGUCUUCAGAUUCAAACACUUCUACAGAUUUAAACACAUCUACAGUCACAGAUUCGACAGUGACCAUUUCAACAACGGUGUUAAAUGAUUCAACAACAUCAGAAAUUCCAAUAUCGACCACCGAAGCAAUCACGUCUAUAGAUUCAAACACACCUACAGUUACAGAUUCGACAGUGACCAUCUCAACAAGAGUGUCAGAUGAUUUGAUAACAACAGAAAUUUCAGCAAUAAUAUCAAGAAAUCUAGAGGUCACAUUCGAAUCAAUAUCACCUAAAAAUAAUGAAGUCGUAUUAAAUAAUAAAUCCACUUAUCAUACGUCAUAUGAGUUGAAGAGUGAUGAAUUGACGAAUGUGCCAAUCUCAACACAAGAAGUCGUAACUACGAGCCCAACCAAUACAAAACAAGAUGUCCAUAUCAGUCGAGUUGCUCGUGCCGUUCCGGUAUCAUCGGCAGCAAUUUCACUGAAAGCUCCAACUGAUCUUUUAUUCAAACGAAAACUGAACAAACGUGCAAUUAAUGCACAAACAAAUAGCAGUACAACAGCUCAUUGUUAUAUGGUCAAGUUAUCUGGUGCAAAGAAAUCGAAGGUAAGCCGUGGAUGUUUAAGAUUGAAACCAGGGGAAGCUGCUUGUGAUCAGCUCAAUAAGAAAUAUAAUAACAAAGUUAACCAUUGUUUCGUUUGUACAAAUGAUAAAUGCAACAACGGUAUCGUUCUGAAAGUUUCCUUUAGUGUAAUACUUGUCACAUUUAUUUUGCAAUUCGUCCAAUUGAAGUAAAUAUAAUAAAAACUUCUCUUAAAUAUAGAAAAAGAAGGUUUGGACUACUCUCCCAAAUCUACUUUAAACGGAUAAUUAGUUGAUCUUGAUAAUUAGGCUCUUAAUUAAUUAUAUUACUAAGUUUUUA